GCCUCAGCCAGGGAAGGGGUCUCCCCUCCUGUGGCUGCUCUGAUUGCAGGCUGGGCUUCCGUGGUGCGAGGAGUGAAUGCUAAGCGUGCUUCCAGGGAAGCUAAUCCUGCUGGAAGUAUACCUUAGUGAAAGGCUAACGGAUUUAUUUGGGAGUUCCCUGUAUUCUACACAUUGAGAUGAUUUUCUUCUGGUUUCUCAUGGCCAUCUCUCUUAUAUUGCCUUUGUUUCUAUUUAUAUGGCAAGGUUGUCUCACAAAUUAACAUAUGUUUCUUGGGACAUUCCCUAGGUAUUUUCAUCUGGCAAAAAUGGGUGAACCUCAACAAGUGAGUGCCCUUCCUCCGCCUCCAAUGCAAUAUAUAAAAGAAUAUACUGAUGAAAAUAUCCGUAAAGGCCUGGCUCCAAAGCCACCUCCCCCUGUGAAGGACAGUUACAUGAUGUUUGGUAAUCAGUUUCAAUGUGAUGAUCUGAUCAUUCGACCCUUGGAGAGCCAGGGUAUUGAACGGUUACAUCCCAUGCAGUUUGAUCACAAGAAGGAAUUAAGAAAACUUAAUAUGUCUAUCCUGGUCAACUUUUUGGACCUCUUGGAUAUCUUGAUAAGGAGUCCAGGGAGUAUAAAGCGAGAGGAGAAACUGGAAGACUUGAAACUGCUUUUUGUUCAUGUCCAUCAUCUUAUAAAUGAGUAUCGCCCUCACCAAGCUAGGGAGACACUGAGAGUCAUGAUGGAGGUGCAGAAACGACAGCGUUUGGAAACAGCGGAGCGAUUUCAGAAGCACUUAGAGCGAGUUGUAGAGAUGAUUCAGAAUUGCCUGGCUUCCUUGCCUGAUGAUCUGCCCCAUUCAGAGGGAGGACUGGGAGUGAAAGCAGAAACAAUGGAUACUGAUGGUGGCAGCAACUGCAUUGGACAGAGCGAAAAACAGAGAGAGCGUUCCGGUGGCAAGAGAGAUCAGGUUUUGGACAAAGAUGCAGCUAUGUGUAGCAUUAUUGAUGAAAUGACAUGAAGAAAACACUUUGUUAUUUUGUUAGCUUGCCGUUGUGAGAGGUGGAAUGCAUUCUGAGGGUAUAUGUUAUAUUUUGUACGUGCAGACAAAGCAUUUAUUGUACACCUCUUGGAGGUUGUGAGUGACUGAUGAAGAUGUUUAAUAUUUUGCAAGCUGUGUGUUUUAUCAGUAGAAACAAAAAAAACUUUUGUUAAAUAUAUCAUGUGAGGUGGAAGCCACACAUUAAAGUUAACUUUUUCUGUUGUACUUUCAUUUGUCUCUUUCUGUUCUUUUUGGAAUGCUGCUUUUUUUUCUUUUUUUAAAUUGCUUUGUAGUGUGGAAGCAAGUAGGGGGCCGAGAGGAAUUGCAGUUGACAGUUCCUCCAUUUCAGGUAAGUGCUAGUUGUUUACAAUUUCAGUGGGUCCUUUCAGGU